GACGCACUGUGGUGAGAAGGUAGCCCAUUUUCCCCCUGGUAUUUACCAUGGAGCGGUUUAUUUCAGCAGUAAAAUGUCUUACUGAGAACCUGCUGCAAACACAGCCUUCAGAUUAUGAUGAAGUGAUAGAGAAACUCUACUCUGAAGUCUCUGGCCUUGAGAAUUUCCCCAAAGUACCAGAUCCACAGCUCGAAGAGUUUGCCAUUCAACUGUGGAACUGGGCUGUUACCAAGAAUGUGGGAACCACUAUCAGCAAAGUCCAAAAAGCCAAAGUUCGUCAUGUAGCAUGCUGUCUGCUAUUCUGCUGUGAGUCUGAGAAUCCAACAGAGGGCACCAUUCGCAAACAGAUCCUGAUGGCCAGCAAAACAGGGAGAACCUGGCUAGACUGCAAAAACCCCCAGAUGGCAGAUUACUUCUUAAGUCUUGCUGUCAAGGUUCUUGAAACCCUUUAUGGCCAUCUAACCUCCAGAGGUGAUGGAGCAGCUGACACAGCUUCAUCAAAAGGGGAUGUAGAAAAGGAUCUGCUUCGAGUUCUCUCAUACCAGGCAGAAUCGGCCAUAAUUCAAGGAAACAACCAUGAAGCUGUGGCAUGCAUGCAGCGCUGUAAAGACAUGCUGCUACGGUGCCCAAAAGAUACUGCUUAUCUUUCCCUAAUGUGCUACAACUUUGGUGUUGACACUUACAAUCUGAAAAAGUUUGAGGAUAGUGUGUUUUGGUUAAGCCAAAGCUAUGACAUUGGGAAAAUGAACAUGAAAUAUGCGCCUGGAUCAGGAGUUCAGGCAAAGGUUCUGAGGUUCCUGGCCACAGUUUAUUUGGAGUGGGACUGUCAGAGGUUUGGAGAGAAGGCUCUUAAUGCUGUCAACUUAGCCAACAAGGAAUCCGUGAGUGCAUCGGGGCUGUACUUAAAAAUCAGAAUACUCUUGAGAUGUGUAAUAUCAGAUGACCAGAUCAGAGCAGGAUUACAUGAGAUGCUGGAGUCUAAAGUUCCUUUUGAUGUGUGUCUGAGCACAGUGAAACUACUCAUGUCUGAAGACAGGGAAGUGCUUGCAUUUGAGUAUUUGAAACGUGUGUGUCAGCAUUUUGAGUCGGCCCCUGACCUGGGAACAGCUCUUGUUUUGCACAUUGAGCUACUGCUACAGAAAGGAAAGGAGCUGCUGGGCAAACAGAAGAUAGAGGACGUUAUCACCAACCACUAUACAGGAAAACAACUGACUCCACAGGCCCUCACAAGUCUGCAUGCCAUGCUGUGGGAUAGAGCAUCUAAACACUUUGAGGCUGGAAACUACUCAGAGGCGCUACAGUGGUACAACUAUUCCCUGAGUUUCUUUAAAGCCGGUCAGAUGGAGCCAAACUCAGCCAAACUACAGAGGAACAGAGCUUCCUGUUUCCUGCAACUCAAGCAGCUGGAAAAGGCCAAAGAAGCGAUAAAAGAAGCAGAGAGAUGUGAUCCGGACAACAUUUUCACUCAGUUCAGCAUUUAUAAGAUUGCAGUGCAGGAGAGCAAUGUGGAGAAAGCUACAGAGGCAGUGAAUGCAAUAGGACUUCUGUCCAAGUACCCUGUUUCCGCUGAGGACAGACUGCUGGUAUCCGAGAACGCUGCUUUCAAUCUCCUCAGCCUGGCUGCUCAGAUUGCUUUGGAGAAUGAACAACGGGAAACUGCCAUGAGGGCAUUGGAAAGCUUGUGUCACAACUCCAAAGAUGAAAGUCAGGUGCUGACUGCUCUCAGGUUUUUGGUUAGACUUGUGCUCUCAACAAUAGAAAAGUCAAGCAACGAGACAAGGACUGUUAAUCUGGAUGUUCUUCUGCCUUAUUUAAAAAUGGCUCUGCAGAAAGUCUCAUGCCAGUCCCGCAUGAUUGCUGAGCAACGUGCAGAGGAAGCUAACUGGUUCAGAAAGAUUGCUUGGAACUCAGCUCUGCAAUGUGAGAGCAGCCCUGACAGGAUGAGGGAUUUCUUUGUUCUCUCUUACCAGCUCUCUCAGCUGUGCCCUUCUGAUCGUACAAUCCUUCUGGGCCAGAAGACGUGUCUGCUCAUGGCUUCUGCUGCAUCUUUGGAGCUCUGCAGGAGGUCUCCCUUCUCUGCUCAGACUGAGGAGCUCAAUCAGGCUCUGGUGCACAUUCAGAAUUGCAGGGAAAUCUGGAAGACCCUGAAAGCAUCAGGAAGCUUCCCCAUGGACCCAACAGACACUCUGCUGCUGCUUUAUGAGUUUGAAGCCCGUGCUAAGUUGAAUGACCCCAAGGUAGAGACCGUUCUGGAGUCAGUCUUGGAGCUUGAGAAUGUUGAAACCAAGGUUCUGGAAACCAUUGUAGCUUUAGCUAUGGAGCCUCCAGUCCACUUCCCUCUGCUGUGUAAGAAAGCCUUGAGGGUUGCGCUCUCUCUGCACAAGAAUCAACCACAGGCUGACCUGGCCCGCUGCAGUAAGUGUGUUCACAGCCUGAUCAAGCUGUCCCUCCCAAGCGGUGUGUCAGAGGUGGAGGCCCAUGUGCUGGAAGAGGUGUGGGGCUACUACGAGGAGGCCCUGUCCAUCAUUGCAGCCGCACCGGACAACUUCCCAGAGAUGGAGACCCUGUGGCUGCUGACGAGGGCAUGGAACACAGGGAUACUGCUGUACAGCCUGGCCCAGUACCCAGAAGCUGAGAAGUGGUGUGGCCUAGCCAUGAGCUUCCUUCGACACCUGGGAUCCCUGCAGGAGAGCUACGAGAAACAGAUGUCUGCUCUCUACAGUGAAAUCCUGGACAGGUUGGACAAAGCUAAGACGAACCUCCUCUUGGAGGAAUAACAGAACAGGCUCAUCAGCGUGGUGUUCGUAUUCUGAGGGUGACCUUUAAUUGACUCUGUACCAUCAAUUAAUCCAAGGUAAAGGUGAUAACUGUUGUAGUAAAAUGUUCAUUACUGUUCUGCUGUUGCAGUUUGGAGGCAACCUAAAGGCUACUCAGAAAAUAACAUUUGUUCCUGUUCCAUAUCAACCCUGCCGUCCUCUUUGUCUGACUUUAAUAAACCCACACUACUGAAAAGCAGAAGAACAAGCACAUCGAAAUCAUA